AUGCGUGGUGUAUGCGCGGUGUCUGAUGGGCAGGCAGUAGACGAUGCAAGCGGGCGGAUAGCGGAGCUCGUUUUGAAGGAGGACCAGCAUCGGCAGCUUGUGCCAGACGUGCCAGAUGCAGAGGGUCAACUUGAGAUUGGCACGCGGAUCCGGGUCCGCGGGACUUUCCAACGGUGGCAUGGGCGCCGACAGAUUCAGGUGAUAAAGUUGGGUAUGGGGGAGAGGAUGCACGCUGUGGCAGCGGGUCUUUUGACGGCAUCGGCUGACAGAGGUAGAGGUAGUAAACGACCCAAAUAUAGAGAUAGCGGGGUGGGAGGAGCGUCUGCGGCUGAAAGAGGAGGUUCUUUCAAAGGCAUGGAUAGUAGAUGUGGACACGAAGCGGGCAUGAUGUAUGGAAGCAUACGGUUGGGAGAAGUGGAGUCAUUUAGGACGAUAAAGGAAGAAGAACAUACAAUGCAGAAUCUGGAACGGCUUGUGUUGAACAGAGCGGUGGAAAAUAGUUUACGUGAGUUUACAGUGUCGGUUUUACGUGUGGAUAGAGAGAUUGAGUAUGCAGCAAAAUGUAUUGUUAUGCGAGGGAGGCAGAAGAGUGAGCAGGACCAGGUGGACGGGAAGAACAGGGUUAGUGCAUCAGAAGUGUCAAUGGGGACGAGCUGGUCACAAUCGAUUGAGAUUUGCCGUACAAUACGGAGUUGUCUGCGAAAGCUUGUUAAUAGUGGGCUAAUUCUGCAUGUUGACAGAGCAGUAGGCGUUUAUGCAACAGUGGGGGACUGGAAUCUUCGGCGGUUAAUACGGCAUUGCUGCCGUGAUGCUUUAUACAAGUGGAAGUGUUCGAAAAAGCGGGAUUUAGUCAAGGAAAGGCUUGUUAUAACAAGCAAAGACAUAUGGCUUAAAAUACGCAAUCAUGGAGAUGAAUGGCGCCAUGUUAAUAAAACGCUUGUAACAAACAUGAUUUCGAAGAUCAUGCCAACGCUUUCUGGUUGGUAUUACGCAGGCAAGGGUAGAUGGAUUCUUUAUAAAUAA